AUGCAGGCUGUGGGGCAUGGAAUUUCUAAGGAUUUGAUGAAUAAGAUGAGAAAAUUAGGAAAGGAGUUCUUUGAGCUACCAUUGCAAGAGAGAAUGAAGGUGGGUCGAAACCUUGAGGUUGAGCAGAAGGACUGGGUAGAAGGGUAUGCACACGACCCUGUAGAGUUUCAAGACCAAAAACUAGACUGGAUCGAUCGCCUCUACCUCCAAAUCUUCCCGGAAAACCAUAUAAAACUCCAGUUUUGGCCGGAAAAUCCAGCAGUCGGCAGAUGGUGUUGCAGGGAGAGCUUGGAUGAAUUUAGGUUGAAAAUGAAGGAGUUUGCAAACCAGACACUUAGGGUCCUUGCAGAGCUAGUUGGAUUGAGAGAUGAUUUUUUCACUGAUCGUUUAGAUGAUGAGGCCAUCAUGGCUUCGAGUUGCAAUUUCUACCCUCCGUGCCCAAGGUCCGAGCAAGUCCUUGGUUUCAGGCCCCACUCAGAUAGGAGUGGCAUCACUGUUCUCUUACCAGAUACUAACAUACUAGGUCUACAAGUCCUCAAGGAUGAGACAUGGCACCAAGUACCUGCCUUUCCUCAUGCUCUGCUUGUGAACAUUGGUGAUCAAAUGGAGAUAAUGACCAAUGGGAUAUUCAAGAGUGCGGUGCACAGAGCCGUGACGAAUAAGGAGAAGCCACGGAUUUCAAUGGCAAAUUUUUAUUCGAUGGCACCCAACAAAGGACUGGGUCCAAUAGAGAGAUUGGAAGGUGAAGUUACAGUACCUAUUUAUCAGACUAUGAACGUUGAAGAUUAUCUCAAGGCAUAUGUAGUAGACUGCCACAUUAAAAGGAAGAGGGCUAUACACAAUCAAAAUCUCUCAUUGAGGCUUCAGUCCAGUUUUAAAAUGAACUUAUGA